ACAGCCUAGAAGCUUCCACACACUAUUUCACAGACCCAUCUCCAAAAGGCCAAAACCCCAAAACCCUCGUUCUCGUUCCCCCAUUGCCAUUAUCCGAACCCAAGCCGCCCCAGGGGUCCGACCACAGAACCGAGCCCAAAAAUGGCGGCCGCCUCCUCCAUGCUCACCGCCGCGUCGCUCUCCUUCUCCCCGCUCCCAGCUCCGCGCCUCCCGGCCGCCGCCUCCUUCGCUCCGCCGCGCCGCGCGGCAGCCGCACUCGUCGUGCGCGCGGCGGCCGCCUCGUCCAAGUCCCCGGCCGCGGCGGAGACGGCCCCGAAGAAGAAGAGGGCGACCGGCAUCACCCAGCCGAAGCCCGUGUCGCCGGCGCUGCAGGCAAUCGUGGGCGAACCGGUUAUCCCCCGCACCGAGGCCCUCAAGCGCCUCUGGGCCUACAUCAAGGAGCAUAACCUCCAGGAUCCUUCUGACAAAAAGGUGGUCAUCUGUGAUGAGAAGUUGAAGGUCCUGUUUGCUGGGCGGGAGCGAGUUGGAUUCCUUGAGAUCGCCAAGCUUCUCAACCCUCACUUUGUGAAGUGAGAAGGCACUCCCAGGAGUUGAGUUGGCCUAUGGAUGGUCACUUGUGAUCUUGACAGUGCGUGGGUUGGUUUUUGGUAGACUCAGACCCUGAGUUAGCUCGACUUAGUAGAAUGCUGUAGCUCUUGCAGACGAUGUUAGUGUGUGCGCCCUUCGUGGUGGUCUGGUGGUAGUUAUAUAAUAAAUGACUGGUUGUUCCUAGUAGCCUUCAGCUCGUAUGCAGUUAGCCUGUGCUGUGGGAAGUAAUGUGUUCUGCUGUUGUUUAAGCAUUGCCCAGUCAACAUUGGCAGAUUAGUCCUUGUCCUUGCAAUGGGUAUAUAAGGAUAUUGUCGUGCGAUUUCUCAUUCGACAUGGAUUGGUAAUUGGUUGUUUCAUUCUGAUU